AUGUUGAUUCUCAUCAUUAUCACUAUUGUCAUCGCGUGGCUUCUCGCGGACCAUUAUAAGCGGCGUCGUCGACUUCCGCCGGGUCCCAUCUCGAUUCCGCUUAUCGGAAACCUACAUCAGAUCGCCUAUUACACGUGGAAGACGGGCGGUGUUGUCGAAAUGAUGGACGCGUUUCGAAAGAAGUACGGCAACGUGUUCACACUGUGGCUCGGGCCGGUGCCCGCAGUGAAUCUCGCCGACUACGAAUCGGCGCACGAGGCGAUGGUGAAGCACGGCCACAAGUACGCCGACAAGUAUCUAUCGCCGUUGUUCGCCUACACGAGAAACAAUCGCGGUGUCCUAAUGACGAACGGCGAGGCGUGGAGCGUUCAGCGGCGAUUCGCCCUUCAGACGCUUCGAAGCAUGGGAAUGGGCAAGGAUGUGAUGGAGGCGAGGAUCAUCGACGAGCUUGACGAUCGAUUCGCCGAUAUCGAUGAGAUGGCUGUCGAUGGGAUCACGACGAUCAAAGCGAACGAGCUGUUCGACGUCACCGUCGGCAGCAUCAUCAACGGCGUGCUGAGCGGCGAGCGAUUCGGCAAGCGGCCCGAAGCGUUCUGGGAGCUGAAAGCGCACCUCGAGGCGAAUCAGAAGCGACUCACACCGUUCCAGAUGAUGAUGCCCCUCUGGGCCAUGAAGCUCCUCUACAAAAAUGAAAUCGACCUUCUUGCGAAAAAUCGGCAGCGGGUGAUCGACUACGUCGGACGUGAUGCCGUCAAGCGAAUCGAAGAGGUGCGCGCCGGACGGCGUGUCAUCAACAAGGCCAACGCCGACGACUUCAUCGACGCCUACAUUCUGAGAAUGUUGGAGGAGGAAGAAGAGGGCACGAGCAAUCAUUUCAAUGUCGAUGAGCUCAAGGCGGUUCUGCUGGAUUUAUGGAUUGCCGGUCAGGAGACGACGGCGACGACACUCUGCUCCGGCGUGCUUCACCUCUUACACCAUCCCGAGGAAAUGCGCAAGAUUCGCGACGAGCUUCACGUCGUCACCGACUCGUCGACGCGCCGUCUCUCGUUGAAGGAUCGCGUGCGAACGCCGUAUCUGAACGCGACGCUCGCCGAGAUCCAACGGCACGCCUCGAUAUUGUCGGUGAACUUUUGGCGCGUCAACGAUGAGCCGAUCGUCAUCGCCGGCCAUCCGAUCGACGCCGGCGCCAUCGUCGCCGCCCAGUUGAGCGUUUUGCAUCGCAAUGAGACGGUGUUCGUCGGCGAUUGCGACGCGUUUCGACCGUCGCGAUUCGUCGAUGAUGAGCAAUUGGCGAGCCGGGUUAUACCGUUCGGCAUUGGGAAACGCGCCUGUCUCGGCGAAGGCCUGGCGAGAGCCGAAUUGUAUUUGAUUCUCGGCAAUCUGCUUCUCCGCUACGAGUUGCGUCCGCACGGCGAGUUGCCGAAAAUCGAAAAUGUGAUGAAGUUGAGCAUCCUCAAAAAACCGCCGAAAUAUGAUCUGGAAUUUGUGAAAUUGUGA